AGGGGCACAGGAGCUAAUGGAGACCCGGGGCGAUGGGUGAGAUGACAUUUGACUCAGAGACAGGGGGAUGUGUAAUGGGCCUCUGUGGUGAUGUACUGAUUGGAGAGGUCUAACGCUCCUCUCCUCUCUCACAUCCUGUCUGUCUAUCUCUCCAUCUUGCUGACGGAGCCCUUCUCUCCUCUUUUUUUUCUCUGAUCCCUCUCUCUUUCAGAUGCCAAGGAGAUAGUCCUGAAGGCCCAGAUUCUGGCUGGGGGACGAGGGAAGGGCGUGUUUGAAAGUGGCCUUAAAGGUGGAGUGCACUUAACUAAAGAGUGAGUACCCCACAGGAGAUUGGUGGCACCUUAAUUGGGGGAGAACGGGCUUGUGGUAAUUGCUGGAGCGGAAUAGGUGGAAUGGUAUCAAACACAUGGUUUCCAGGUGUUUGAUGCCAUUCCAGUCGCUCCGUUCCAGCAAUUAUUAUGAGCCGUCCUCCCCUAAGCAGCCUCCACUGGAGUACCCCCAACAUCUGCCGCUCGCGCUAACUGGGGUGUGUGGACUGUUCAGAGUGGUUCUGUUUUAUUUUCUCUUACUACUGCUUCAGAGAGAUGUCCUCCUGUAGUCAUAGUUUUUACAAGAUCCCUCCUAGAUACAGUGUUGCUUUCCCUGUGCUGCAGUUACCUAAUAAGCCAAGUUUGAUAAUUUAGGACAUGGUUUCCCAAACUCGGUUCUGGGGACCCCAAUGAGUUUAAUUUUUUUGCCCUAGCACUACACAGCUGAUUCAAAUAAUAAACUCAUGAAGCUUUGCUUUUUUUAAAUCAGCUCUGUAGUGUUAAGGCAAAAAGCUAAAUGUGCACCCCUUGGGGCCCUCAGGACCGAGUUUGGGAAACGCUGGUUUAGGGACAACAGCCCCCAUUUAAACUUUGAAAUAGUAUCAUUGGGAAAUUGUGCUGUGCACACAUCACUGAAUUCUACUGUGGUAGGUUAUUGGAAUUGUGCCCUUCUGGUUGAGCACAAACAUAAUGUUCUCCUAACUAGCACAGCACAUUGUUACAUAAGGCUUAUAUUGGCUAGAUUUUCGUAACAAUCAUAUUUUCUAUGUCCUUAUAUCACCUACUCUGGCCACUUACUAGAGAUGUUCUGGAUGCUAAAAUGACAAAUGUAACAAAGGUAGCAGCCAUGAUAAGGACUGAACUGUGAUUUACGACAAAUGGCUACCAAAUGUAUCAUUGUCACCCUAUUUCGGUAUUUGGGAUAGCCGGAAACAUUUCUAUGUGAGCCAUCUGAAGUUGAGCCUCCCUAGACAGUGACGUGUGCACACACACUCUCCUACCAUCUAUCAAAGCAGAGCACAACCUCAGGCUUCAUUUGUGUUCUAUAACCAGAGCAAAGCGAGAGCUGGAAUUAGACGCUCACUCUGCCUUUAAAGAGCAGCUGAAAUCAGGAGAGCCAUAUUCAAAGAGAUGUGUAGACAUAUUGAAGAUCCUCCAAAAACAGUGCUUUGUCAGAACAUGUUACAAUCAUGCUGCAAAUGUGCUGAACCAUGUCUUUGUUGAAAUGAAAAAGGCUCUCAGGAGCUGAAAAUAAUUACUCUGUCUAUUCUCUGCCACAGUGAUAGUCCUCUAUUUUUGAAAGAUGUUUGUCCUCUAGGUUUUUGUUCUUGUUUAGUCUCUAUUCAAAUAUCUAUUAAUGGAGUAGUUGUAAUUGAGCCAAUCCUGUCUCUUCUUUGACUUUAGCCCCUCGGUGGUGGGUGAGCUGGCCAAUAAGAUGCUAGGCUAUAGCCUGACCACCAAGCAGACUCCAAAGGAGGGAGUGAAAGUAAAAACGGUAAGUCACAGCACAUCUGGAUGUAAAAGCACGUUCAGUUUCUCUAAUUUCAGGUUUAUUUCAAUUCAGUAACACAGUUCCAUGAAAUGAAUGACUGUACAAGCAUCGGGGCAAUAAUACAUUAGUCUAUAUAUGUUCUGUUCCCCUAGUUCUGGGGAUAGGUCUCUGGUGGAGACAUGCCAUUUGAAGCUGGUGUCAUUUGUUGUGCUAUUUGCUGUCAUGGUUCAUUGCAACAAUAAUACAUGCGAGUCAGGGCCUCUCAGACCAAAGUGUUAGUGACAUUUGGAAAUGGUUGUUUACGUGACUAACAAGCAGGAAUAACAUUUUCCUCACUCACACUCUGCAGCCACCCCAAAAACACACAUUUCCAGGUAAUGAAGCCUUCCUGUCCUGUAGCUUGUGUUUUUACUCUCUCUUUCUUUCUCUUUCCCCUUGUAGUGAAAUAUGGCCUAUAGCUCCCAAUUUAACGCUUGCUUUCAUUCCUGCCAGCCAGGAAUGCACCUCGUCUGCUCCUGCCCCUGCUGCAAAGUUAAGGAGAAGUAUCAAAUGAGUGACACAUUUGCAGUUUUUAUAGAAAGUGCUGGCGGGGGUGGAAGUUCACUACAACAACACCAGGGCUGAGGGGAAAGAGAUACAUGUAAACACAAAAAACCUAACUGCAGAAGCAUUGUUGUGAGAUGUAAUUUCACAUUGAAACAUUUGCUGCAUUAUCUAUCCAUGGCACGUCAUUUGUCAGAUGACUGACAUAACAUAAUUCCUGAUAUUGUUUUAUUUCAUAAACUAAGCAUAGAAAAUAGAUUUAUUGCAAAAGUGUAUCAUGAUAAAUCCUCCCAGAGGGACCUACGAUAUGCAGGCAUGUAUCGUGUAUUACACAUAAAAACAGGUACACACUAGAUUCAUUUCAGAAAAAUGAAGACAUUCACAAACAUGGGAGAUAUGAUGCUACCUGCUGUUAGUGGCUGUAGUCGCAGGCCCCUCUCAAAGCCUGUCUCGGAUUAGAUUAGGCCUUGGAUCAAAGUAAUAAAGUAGCCAGAGAGAGCUGCAGUGAUUGAACAGGAUCCAGGCCAGUAUUGUCCCUCUUAACAUGCUGUAAUUAUGUUGUCGGGCUCUGUUUCCCUGAAUGAGAACCAGGGGCGGCUGUCAGCCUGCCCUUGUAACAUGUCCCUUCACUUCACCGUUCUGCAGCCAUCCUCUCCAGACAUGACACAGAGCAUGGCUCUACUGCCAGGACAGACCAGGGCUGUGCAUUCAUCCACCUCUGGCCUGCUGGCCCCCCUACCUCUGCGGAAGCACAGUUCCCGCUCAGCCCAGUCAAAACUGUUUGCUGCUCUGGCACCCCAAUGGUGGAACAAGUUCCCUCACGACGCCAGGACAGCGGAGUCACUCACCACCUUCCGGAGACACUUGAAACCCCACCUCUUUAAGGAAUACCUGGGAUAGGAUAAAGUAAUCCUUCUACCCCCCCUUACCCCACCCCCCAAAAAAAUAAAUAAUAAUAAUAUUUUAAAGUGUUUAUCCCACUGGCUAUAAGGUGAAUGCACCAAUUUGUAAGUCGCUUUGGAUAAGAGCGUCUGCUAAAUAAUGUAAAUGAGAGGGGGAGGAAGUGAUAGAAGAACGAGGAGGAGAGAGUUGCAGAGGGAGAGAGGGGCGCAGAGAGAUUGAAAGACCGGGAGAGGGUGGUAGUAGUGUGGAAAAGGUAGAUCAAGACGUUAAGCUGGGAGAGAGAGAAAGAGGGCUGCACUGUCCCUGUUUGCAUGGGACAUGGAGAAUGAUCAUCCUCACGGAGUCCAAAUUAACACUGUCCAGUUAGGCUGCAGGGAAUUGAUAACAAACAACCAACUUAUAUCUCUCCCUCUGUUUUUCCAUCAAUCUCUCUCCAUUUUCUCUUUCUUCAUUUGCCAUCUGCCAGCGCUUUGCUUCAUUUUCAGUAUAGCUUAGAAUUAGAACCCACAGUUUCUCUGAGUUGUAAUGGUACAGUAUCUCUCCGUCUCUGCCUGUCUGUCUGUGUCUGAGGUCAGUCUGUGAUGUGAAGGCAGUAGACUGACUCUGUGGACCGACUCUCUCCCUACUGACCAGGUGAUGGUGGCUGAAGCCCUGGACAUCACCAGGGAAACCUACUUUGCCAUCCUGAUGGACCGGGCCUGCAACGGGCCUGUCAUGGUGGGCAGUCCUCAGGGUGGGAUGGACAUAGAGGAGGUGGCUGACAAAACCCCAGAGCUCAUAUUUAAGGUACAGUUCUGUGAGCUCUGCAACAGCAUAUGUUACAAAUGACUACAGAUGUUAACAUGGAACCUCUCACCAUUCACUGGCAGCGUUCUCGCUCUCUCCUCUCUCCCUCCCCUGAUUGGUACAAUGAAUCCCUUGAUCCCUCUUACCUUGUGGAGAUCGAGAGAGCCCUUCUCUAUGUGAGAAUCUCAUCUUUACAAGUGCCUGAUAAUUAUAAUGCCAUCAUUACAGGCCUGUGUUUCCUUUUCUCACAUCUGGCAGGUUGCCACCACUUAAUUGCAGCUUCCGUGAUUUAAUAUGAAUAUCCACUUUUUGUCAUAUUAGCAUGCAGUGUUUUUGAGUCUCCAUUCUCUCUCUGGCUGUCUGUCUCUCUCUCUCUCUUGCUCUCUCUCUGUCCCUCUGUCUGGCUGUCUGUCACUCUCUCUGUCCCUCUCUGUCUGUCUCUCUCUCUCGCUCUCUCUCUCUUUCUUUUGCUCUCUGUCCCUCUCGGUCUCUCUCUCUCUGUCUGUCCCUCCCGGUCUCUCUCUCUCUCUGUCCCUCUCGGUCUCUCUCUCUCUCUGUCCCUCUCGGUCUGUCUCUCUCUCUGUCCCUCUCGGUCUGUCUCUCUCUCUGUCCCUCUCGGUCUGUCUCUCUCUCUGUCCCUCUCGGUCUGUCUCUCUCUGUACCUCUCGGUCUCUCUCUCUCUCCCUUCCGGUCUCUGUCUGUCUGUCUCUUUCUCUGUCCGUCCCUUUCGGUCUCUCUCUCUCUCUGUCUGUCCCUUUCUGUCUCUCUCUCUGUCUGUCUCUUUCUCUGUCCCUCUCUCUCUCUCUCUCUCUCUCUCUCUCUCUCUCUCCUCUCUCUCUCUCUCUCCUCUCUCUCUCUCUCUCUCUAUCUCUUGUUCUCUCUCUCUCUCUGCUACCACAGGAAGUCAUUGAUAUUUUCGAGGGGGUGCGAGACGACCAGGCGCUCCGCAUGGCAGCUAAUUUGGGUUUCAAAGGACCUCUGGAGAGACAGGUGACGGGCCCGGCGAAGCUCUCUGAGCCGCAGUGCAGAGAAGCAGAAUAGCGCACACACACUGAAGACCCACAGUACAGAACUCGAGCUGUUGAAACUCGAUAGGACACUGCCAGUCUACUGGGCUCUCUAUGCUGGGUUAAACAGUUUAUAGAACUCCAUUCGUACUUAUACAACAGACAAAGCUUUAUAGGUUUACCAUUAUAGCACAUUACAUUUUUUGGAGUCCUCUCAAAAUCAUGAACAGACAGUGCUACUGUAGCCAGUUCUGGCCAGUAUAAACUCAAAAAAUUCAGAUUUGAUAUUAGAUGUUAUUCUCCGGUUCAUUUUAGAGCCAAUUGUCCUGUAGCAUUAUAUUGCCAAUUUGUAUUCCUAUCCGUGAGCAGAGCAGCAUAAAGAAUUGGAUUAGUUCAAUGUUAAAAUGCGGAAAAAGUAUAAAUCAACUUAAUGAAUAAUCUUUUGAAAAAUGAAAUGAACAUACACAGUUGUCUGAGAGGUACACCCUGUGUGACUCCCGAGUGGCGCAGUGGUCUAAGGCACUGCAGCUGUGCCACUAGAGAUCCUGGUUCGAAUCCAGGCUAUGUCGUAGCCGGCCGCGACCGGGAGACCCAUGGGGCGGCGCACAAUUGGCCCAGCGUCGUCCAGGGUAGGGAGGGAAUGGCCGGCAGGGAUGUAGCUCAGUUGUGGGUUCGAUUCCCACGGGGGGCCAGUAUGAAAAAAUAAAAAAAUAAUGUAUGCACUCACUAACUGUAAGUCGCUCUGGAUAAGAGCGUCUGCUAAAUGACUAAAAUGUAAUGUAAUACUAGCCUGUUUUGGUAUUGAAUGGCCAUUGAUUUUAACAGGAAAUGAUUCGAUAAAUGUUUUGCUUGUCAGUUUAGUUCUGAAACUGUGUCUUCUAAAACACAGGUGUGGAAUGGAACCUUCGUUGAAAUAACUUUGCUGCUUUGAAGAGCCUUGAGAUUAUAAAAAGUGUGUGUGUGCGUGUUUGCGGAUGUGUGUUUGUGAGUGUGUGGCAGAGAGUAGUGCUUACAUCAUUUUCUGUCAGGCUGUUUUCGUAAUCAAAAGAGCAGCUCGGUGCCAGGGACAGACAGAGACAUCAGUUGAACCCCGGAUUCUUGAAAAGAGGAUUUAUUACAAUGACAGUCACUCCAAUAGCAAUACUGCGCCUGUUAGGAUAAUGUGGCACAAUAGACAUGUUGUAAUCUCACUCAUCGCUAAUACAUUAAUAUGCCACAGAAAGGCUGUAUUAUAGUAGUUUCAUUACUGUUUUAUUAGGGUAUAUAGGCUUAGUCAUACAUGUCAUGUGUUCAAUUAUAUAGCAUUUAUAAGUAUAUAGUAUGACAUACAGUGUACGAAACAUUAGGCUAUUUCCAUGACAUGAUGGUGAAUCCAGGUGAAAGCUAUGAUCCCUUAUUGAUGUCACUUGUUAAAUCCAAUUCAAUCAGUGUAAAUGAAGGGGAGGAGACAGUUUAAAGAAGGAUUUUUAAGCCUUGAGACAUGGAUUGUGUAUGUGUGCCAUUCAGAAGAAGUGCCUUUGAACGGGGUAUGGUAGUAGUUGCUAUGCGUACCGGUUUGAGUGUGUCAAGAACUGCAAUGCUGCUGGGUUUCCCGUGUGUAUCAAGAAUGGUCUACCACCCAAAGGACAUCCAGCGAACUUGACACAACUGUGAGAAGCAUUGGAGUCAACAUGGGCCAGCAUCCCUGUGGAACGCUUUCGACACCUUGUAGAGUCCAUACCCCGACGAAUUGAGGCUGUUCUGAGGGAAAAGGGGUGUUUAACUCCAUAUCAGGAAGAUGUCCCUAAUGUUUUGUACACUGUGUAUAGCCUGUGUUUUGUACAGUAUGAGCUAAAGGCUUAUUGAGUCGUGUUAGUUAGAAAAUUGGUUGUCAGAAGCCCUGAAAAAGGUGGUCAGUGUUUAUUUUUUUUCAACACCAGCACGCACAUGCAUGUGCGCACACGUGCAAAAACACAUGUGCACACGCACAUGCACAUACAUUCUCUGUGUGUGUUGAAGGCGAUUUGACAUGUUUUAUUUAUUUUGUGCUGCUGAGUGGCCUUGGCGGGCCUGCUGCUAAGAGGCGUCUUGUUGGGUAAUAACUGUCUUCUGUGGAACUCACAGGCAGCAAAUCAGAUUAAGAGGCUCUAUGAUCUGUUCCUGAAAGUCGACGCCACUCAAGUUGAAGUCAAUCCUUUCGGUGAGACUCCCGAAGGACAAGGUACGACUCUUUCUUUCUUUCUCUUUUUGCUGUCUACAUAUUAGAAGGUCUGUUUAUCUGGGUCUGUCUGUAUUUGUCUUCUCUCUUUUCCUCUCUUCCUCUCUUCCUCUCUUCUCUCGCUCUCUCUCUCUCUCGUACAUCAUGGGAGUGUUCUUGAUGGGAUUUUAGGUAUACCGUAUUUUCCGCACUAUAAGGCGCACCGGAGUAUAAGCCGCAGCAGCUAAAUUGAAUGAUAUUGAAUGAUGUGUACAUAUAUAAGCCGCACUGGACUAUAAGCCGCAGGUGUUUUAAUGUUUAAUUACCAUAUGUAAGGGUUUGUGCACAGAGGGGAUUGUCGGGAAAGAGACAAACUGUCUCGCUCUCGUAAUGUCUGUCUGUCUUGUUCUCGUUCUGUCUCUCGUACCACUCUCGGUUCCACUUUUACUUUUGCGCGCUACCUGUCUCACUCUUUUCCGGCCUCCAGCUUUUCCUGCUGGAGCCCGCCGCUUAAAGGUGGGGGGCGCGGACCGGUCAUAGAGCCCAUAGAGUUAAAGUUGGUGGACUGUAACCUGUAAAAUCCAUAGAUUUAGGAGGUCUUCUAGUGGCCGUUAGCUGUAAAAAUCCAUAGAUUAGCUGCACCGUUAUAUAAGCCGCAGGGUCGAAAAAUGGGAAAAAAGGCGCGGCUUAUAGUCCGAAGAUUACGGUAUAUUGGAGCAUAUCCAUCACUAAUUGCCUCUUGAGGAACAAUCAUACAGAUAAACUCAUUGUUAUGAAACAAGAUCUUGUUAUAGGUCCGGUUCAUCAAAGAGUGACAAUAAAAUAAAAUAUUGUAGCCUAGUCUAAUCAUUGCUUAUGAAUAUUGAUGAGAGGUCUAUUAUUUUGUUGUGUUCAACCAAGCUGUACUGAGAGGUGCAACUCUGCCAUCCAACAAGCAUGGCAGAAACUCGUGUUUCUGUAGACUCACAUUGAAAGUAGCUCAACUUGUUAUUUAAUUUGUACAUAUUCAACGAGGGAAGAGAAUGAACUACCCAGGAUGCAUGUUCAGUAGAGUUUAAACAGCACACCACAGGGUACUGAAGAACAUCACUGUAGGCAGAAAAGUUACGGCAUGUUUUAUCCCACUUUAGUCUCUUACUUUGACUUUCAUUUCAAUGUAACUGAACCCUCAUCACCAAAGGGACGGUAAGACUAAAUGACUGUAAACUCUGAAAAUGAAAGUCAUUGUACUCCAGUUGGUCACAUACAGCAGCUCCAGGAGACAGCCAACACUCCACUUAGCUGCAGUAGAAGUGGUUUCCCAUACAUUUUUGUUCUGCCUAGUGUGUGUUUUUGUGUGUGUCAUGUUGCCUUUAUUACACUUGGGAGCUUCAGCCCAGGUAGUAUUUCACAGAGACAAGCCAUUACAUAGUGAAUUCACAGUUGAAUCCAUGGGGAUCCUGUGUACCACUACUGACAUUUGUCCUCCAGGCUGUUAUAGAGUAUUGAUAGAUGAAUGCUCCAAUCACCCCUGUGUAAAUGCUUAUGGUAUGUAGUGGGCCUUACAAAGUACAAAUCCAUAAGGAGCGCAUUUCAGCCCUGCAGUAAAUACUUAGCCUGCAGGUAACAUUCAGCUUGCAGUUUCUUUGAACUGCACCUUGUGAAGUGUAAAAGUAUUGUCCAUUAUGCAUAAUAUAUUCCCCCUUAGAGGCCCUGUCAAAUGCAUAAACAUGAGCUGCACCAUUACAAAUACUGAAUUAAUUAAUUCUAAUAGGGUGAGAUCACUUGCCACAUUUGAUUUAACAUAUUUCAUUGCGUUUGUUAUAAAUGAUUACAUUUCCAUUUCACAUCCUCCUUUUGUUUCUCUACAUCUCUUCCUCUUUUCUACUUUGUCUAGUUCCUCCUUCAUCUCUUUAUUUUUCUGUCCCGCUUCUCUUCAUCUCUCUCUCUCUGGCUUCUUUCAGUGGUGUGCUUUGAUGCCAAGAUCAACUUUGACGAUAACGCUGAGUUCCGUCAGAAAGCCGUCUUUGCCAUGGACGACAUGUCAGAGAGCGAUCCAACAGAGACCGAGGCAGCCAAAUGGGACCUCAAGUACAUCGGCUUGGAUGGAAACAUCGCCUGCUUUGGUGAGUUCUGAUUAUGACUGUCCACACACAUACAUGUUCUAUUCAUUCAGCCAUGUGUAACCCACCCCAACUGGAAUGGAGUUUUUCUCUUCCUUAUCAGAUAAUUGAAGGCUGGGAGACUACGUUCAAACUUUCUCAAACUACAGUAAAGCUGACUGGGCUCCUCUCCAGUCCAAAUUAACCGCCAGCUUUCUAACGACUCCAGAAGGAGGCUGCCAUAACCAAUGCUUUCUAAUUAUCCAUAAUCCACCCAAAAAGUCUCCAGUGAGCUGGAUUGUUAGCGUUCUCAUUAUAGUCCUCCCCUGUCAUAAAUCAAAGCUUUACAGUGUAAUUCUGGGCUGCUGGGGAGUCUCUUCUGGCUGCCCUGCAGGCUCAUACACAUUGUGGCAGUAAGAGCACAGGUUAGAGCCUCUUUCCCCUGCCCAGCCUCUCCUACAGAACAACUAUUUCCCCUGCCCAGCCUCUCCUACAGAACAACUCUUUCCCCUGCCCAGCCUCUCCUACAGAACAACUCUUUCCCCUGCCCAGCCUCUCCUACAGAACAACUCUUUCCCCUGCCCAGCCUCUCCUACAGAACAACUCUUUCCCCUGCCCAGCCUCUCCUACAGAACAACUCUUUCCCCUGCCCAGCCUCUCCUACAGAACAACUCUUUCCCCUGCCCAGCCUCUCCUACAGAACGACAGCUCAGAGCUGAUGGGCUCCUUAAACGCUUUUUAACCCACCAAAGUGACAGCUGUUAAAGCCACUUUCCUUUUAUUGAGACUUCUGUCAGGGAACUUGCCAGGACGUAGGCUCAGCACUGCUAAACCAAAUGAGGUAAGACGUUUGUAGAGAGGCGUGUUGGCUUUGGAAGGAAGCGACUGAAUCACUUGGCUCCCUUGCAGCAAAGCACCAAGCAGCCCAGCGGGAUAGGGAUAUGCUCGCUAGGCUGCCUGAUAAUGCGGCCCAACCCCAGUACCACAGAACCUCGUUUAAUCAAUGCUCACUUUCUGAAGUCAAGAGAGUUGCUGUAAUCACAUUUCCCUCCGCUUCUCAACUUCUUAAAGUGUUAAAUAUCCCGAUUAGAAGUUUUAACAGUUUACCUCUUAAAGCUUUAAAUCCUUUUGUUAUUCCCUCUUUAUUAGAUCAUUUAUUCAUUGAUUUCACUGUGAGCCCUUUCAUGUUUGUGUUGUUUUAAUACUGGUAUUAGGUCAUGUUUAAUUGAAUUAAAUCCCAACUACUUGUCACUGUUUUCUCUCAAGGAUUUUCAUUUCAAUUCUCAUCUUCAUUAGGAAUCUAAUGGGGGAAAUCCAACCUCAUUAGAGUAUGGGCAAGAAACCAUUAUCAGCGUUCCAGUAUCAUCAAUUGUCAUCAACAUUGUGAUGAGCACAGUGACUAUUUUGAAGGGAUGCUCUGGACUUCAGAGGCCCUUCUCUGUUUUAUGAGACCAGUAACAGUUCUCAGCUUUCUCUGUGGUUGAGUUUCACCUUUGACCUGUCAUUACAGUGAAUGGGGCUGGUCUGGCUAUGGCCACGUGUGACAUCAUCGACCUCCAUGGAGGGAAGCCGGCCAACUUCCUGGACCUAGGAGGAGGGGUGAAGGAGAAGCAGGUGUACGAGGCAUUCAAACUACUCACUGCUGACCCGAAGGUAGGAGACAACUUUAUCCAACACCACAUGGUGUGCGAGUUCUGUGGAGAGGAGUUAUACCAUCUAAAGAUAGAGAACAUAUCUGAUUCACUAUGCUACAGUAGC